AGUCCCUUAUCCGUUACUUCCAGACUCAGAGUAUGAUCUUUCCCAUGGUCUUCACUUCAAUUGCAUCUCUCUGUAUGCAUCUUCCUAUUUGUUGGUUUCUCGUCUUUAAAUCUCGGAUGGUUCACGUUGGUGCCGCGUUAGCCAUUGGAAUUUCGUAUUAGAUCAAUGUUGUCGCUCUUGGUUUCUAUAUCCAGUAUUCUUCGGCUUGUUCAAAAACCAAGAUUGUGUUUUCUAGAAACGCUUUGCUUAGCAUUGCAGAGUUCUUCCAAUAUGCUACCCCCUCUGGACUCAUGUUUUGGUAAAUAUUGUUCAUGUGACUAACCAUUUUGUUUUGCAUCCCAUGUGUUUGAUAAAAUGUCCUUCGUCUAUUUUUUCGUUUUUUUCUUCAUAUCAUGGACCAAUUUCAAUGUUUUCGUUUGUGUGUGUGUGUGUGUUAGUUUUGAAUGGUGGUCAUUUGAGCUGCUUACAUUGCUUGCUGGACUCUUGCCUAAUCCGCAACUCGAAACCUCGGUUCUUUCGGUCUGCCUUAACAUAACUACAUUGCAUUACUUCAUUCCUUAUGCUGUUGGAGCUUCUGCAAGUACAAGAGUUUCAAAUGAAUUAGGAGCAGGAAACCCAAAGUCGGCUCAAGGGGCGGUUCGAGUGGUUGUGAUCAUAGGCAUUGCAGAGGCAUUCAUUGUCAGCACUUUCUUCAUCUUUUUCCGGAACAUAGUAGGAUAUGCUUAUAGCAAUGAUGAGGCAGUUGUGGACUAUGUUGCUAACAUGGUUCCCCUUCUUUGCAUGUCAGUUAGUGCAGAUAGCAUAAUGGGAACACUUUCUGGGGUUGCAAGAGGUGGAGGAUUUCAGCAGAUAGGAGCUUAUGUAAAUCUUGGAGCCUAUUACCUUGUUGGGGUUCCUCUAGCGUUGUUCUUGGGAUUUCAUCAACAACUAAAAGCUAAAGGGCUUUGGAUGGGAAUUAUAUCAGGUUCAUGUGUACAAGUAAUCAUUCUUGCUGUUGUAAUAGCAUUAACAGAUUGGCAGAAAGAGGUUAGUUUUGCUGUUAUUGUGACUUAUAUUUCAAUGUAUUAUUUUGUUCAAGCAAAUAGAAACUUAGAUCAGAAAAAAUAAAUUCUUA